UCAGGAUUAAGAUUCAGGAUUAAGAUUCAGGAUAAGAUUCAGGAUUAAGAUUCAGGAUUAAGAUUCAAGAUAAGAUUCAGGAUUGAGAUUCAGGAUUGAGAUUCAGGAUUAAGAUUCAGGAUAAGAUUCAGGAUUAAGAUUCAGGAUAAGAUUCAGGAUGAGAUUCAGGAUUAAGAUUAAGGAUUAAGAUUCAAGAUAAGAUUCAGGAUUGAGAUUCAGGAUUGAGAUUCAGGAUUAAGAUUAAGGAUUAAGAUUCAGGAUUGAGAUUCAGGAUAAGAAUCAGGAUUAAGAUUCAGGAUAAGAUUCAGGAUUAAGAUUCAGGAUUGAGAUUCAGGAUUGAGAUUCAGGAUUGACAUUAAGGAUAAGAUUCAGGAUUGAGAUUAAGGAUAAGAUUCAGGAUUGAGAUUCAGGAUUGAGAUUAAGGAUAAGAUUCAGGAUUAAGAUUCCAUCCGAUUAUUUACUGCAUUUCUGUGACGUGCCAUAAGUAUCGUACUCUUAAAAAAAAUAAUAUGCAUGAAUCAUAGAAUUCAAUACAAAAUGUAAAAAAAAUAAACAAACAAACAAAGAACUAAAUACUAGAUAGUAAAAACCAAUUUUUAUUUUCUUGCUUAUUUUAUCGGAUGCUUGCUCUUUCUGCUAUUUUUUGGCUCGUGGUGUAAUUUUCUGUGUUUUCUUCAGAUCUUUUUCCCAGUUCCUCGAUUUCUAUUCCAAAAAUCACAACUAGAGUUUUAUGCAGAUUAGGGGGCGGGACAACAGUCUCCAUUGGUCCACUGGUUCUCAACUGACAGCCCUUCUAGCCAAUCAAUAAAAUGGAAGUAGAUGACGUCAGCGAUGUGCGCGGCCAGUUAGCGUAACUCUGAGCCUGUGUUGAUCGAGUGAGAAGAUGGAGGAUUACUAACAGCAACAUGUCAUCUAUAUAAACUUAUCUUGGAAAUUGAAUUAAUGCUUAAAGCUUCUUAUAUUCAUGUAUACUAUUGUAGUAGCAAACCUCCUGUUAUUAUGCUAAAGGGUAUUUUACUGGGGCAGCAUGGUGGUUUAGUGGUCAGCACUGUUGCCUCACAGCAAGAAGGUCCUGGGUUUGACUCCUGGGUUUGAACAGGCAGGGGCCUUUCUUUGUGGAGUUUGUAUGUUCACCCUGCAUGGGUUUACUCCAGGUACUCUGGUUUCCUCCCACAGUCCAAAAACAUACAUUAGGUUGAUUGGUCAUUCUAAAUUACCCAUAGGAGUGAGUGUGUGUGGUUGUGUGGCCCUGUAAUGGACUGGUCCAGGUGUACCCCUGCCUUUCACCCAAUGUGUGCUGGGAUAGGCUCCAGCAGAUCCCCAUGACCCUGAUUAGGGAUAAUACAGGUAUAAACGAUGGAUGGACCUCGCUCGCCGUUUUCAGGCACUCAUAAACAUCAUCCUGAAGGGGGCGCUGUACCAGAACCCCUAGACUGCAGCGCCCCCUAGAGGAUGAUGUUUAUUCAGAAGAGAAUCUCGCUGAGAUUUAGCAGCUUUGUCGUGCCAUGUCUUUCUCACCGAGAAAUGUAAUCUCAAAACCGUUGGAAAUUCAAUAGAGUAAAAAAUAAUAACAAUAAAAUAGUUUUUAUCACACGCACGUGCAAUCUUUAAAAACCAUCAGCCGAGAUUGGCGACCGUGUUGGGUCACGUGACCGUUAGACUCAUGGGGAAUUCCCCGAGAGCGCGUGGAGUUUUUCAGCAAGCCGGAAGUGAGUGGGGUUGUUUUGGAGAAGAGUGUGUUGUGUGUGUGUGUGUGUACCUUCACUGGGAGAGGAGUGUUUAGGGAAGCCUGAGGCCUGCACAACGUUACCGGAACGUCGGCUCUGCUAACCAGCUAACCUUCACUAACUCUACUGAAAUAACACCCCGCCCCCGAUGCUCGGAUUGGUUCUUUUGGUUAUACUAAUCCACUGAUUGGGCAGGCGGGAAACAAGGAGGGCGGGGUUAGUCAGAAUACCAUCAUGACAUCAUAUUAAAUACAUGUUUUUGACGAACGAAAUUUCUGAAGGUUAUUAUAAAUUGGCAGUUUACUGAAGUGUGUGUGUGUAUGUAUGCAUAUAUGUGUGUGUGUAUGUGUGUGUGUAUGCAUGUGUGUGUAUGUAUGUAUGUAUGCAUGCAUGCAUGUGUGUGUGUAUGUAUGCGUGUGUGUGUGUAUGUAUGCAUGUGUGUGUGUAUGUGUGUAUGCAUGUAUGCGUGUGUGUGUGUAUGCGUGUGUGUGUGUAUGUAUGCAUGUAUGCAUGUGUGUGUGUGUGUGUGUGUGUGCAUGUAUGCGUGUGUGUGUGUAUGCAUGUAUGCGUGUGUGUGUGUGUAUGCAUGUAUGCAUGUAUGUGUGUGUGUAUGCAUGUAUGCGUGUGUGUGUGUAUGCAUGUAUGCGUGUGUGUGUGUAUGUAUGCGUGUGUGUGUGUAUGUGUGUGUGUAUGUAUGUAUGUAUGUAUGCAUGUAUGUGUGUGUGUGUGUGUGUGUGUGUGUAUGCAUGCGUGUGUGUGUGUAUGCAUGCGUGUGUGUGUGUAUGCAUGCGUGUGUGUGUGUAUGCAUGCGUGUGUGUGUAUGUAUGCGUGUGUGUGUGUAUGUGUAUGUAUGCGUGUGUGUGUGUGUGUGUAUGUACGCAUGUAUGCGUGUGUGUAUGUAUGCGUGUGUGUAUGUAUUUAUGUAUGCAUGUAUGUGUGUAUGUAUGUAUGUAUGCAUGUGUGUGUGUGUAUGUAUGCAUGUAUGUGUGUGUGUAUGUAUGUAUGCAUGUAUGUGUGUGUGUGUAUGUAUGCAUGUAUGUGUGUGUGUAUGUAUGCAUGCAUGCAUGUGUGUGUGUAUGUAUGCGUGUGUGUGUGUAUGUAUGUAUGCAUGUAUGUGUGUGUGUAUGUAUGCGUGUGUGUAUGUAUGCGUGUGUGUAUGUAUGCGUGUGUGUAUGUAUGCGUGUGUGUAUGUAUGCAUGUAUGUGUGUGUGUAUGUAUGCAUGCAUGCAUGUGUGUGUGUAUGUAUGCGUGUGUGUGUGUAUGUAUGUAUGCAUGUAUGUAUGUAUGCAUGUAUGCGUGUGUGUAUGUAUGCGUGUGUGUAUGUAUGCGUGUAUGUAUGCGUGUGUGUAUGUAUGUAUGCAUGCAUGUGUGUGUGUAUGUAUGCGUGUGUGUGUGUAUGUAUGCGUGUGUGUGUGUAUGUAUGCAUGUGUGUGUGUGUGUAUGUAUGUAUGUAUGCAUGUAUGUGUGUGUGUGUAUGUAUGUAUGCAUGUAUGUGGGUGUGUAUGUAUGCAUGCAUGCAUGUGUGUGUGUAUGUAUGCGUGUGUGUGUGUAUGUAUGCAUGUGUGUGUGUGUGUGUAUGUAUGUAUGCAUGCAUGUAUGUGUGUGUGUAUGUAUGCAUGUAUGUGUGUGUAUGUAUGCGUGUGUAUGUAUGCGUGUGUGUAUGUAUGUAUGUAUGCAUGUAUGUGUGUGUGUAUGUAUGUGUGUGUAUGUAUGCAUGUAUGUGUGUGUGUAUGUAUGCGUGUGUGUAUGUAUGUAUGCAUGCAUGUGUGUGUGUAUGUAUGUAUGCGUGUGUGUGUAUGUAUGUAUGUAUGUAUGCAUGUAUGUAUGCGUGUGUGUGUGUAUGUAUGCGUGUGUGUAUGUAUGUAUGUAUGCGUGUGUGUGUGUGUGUAUGUAUGCAUGUGUGUGUGUAUGUAUGUAUGUAUGCGUGUGUGUGUGUGUGUAUGUAUGUAUGCGUGUGUAUGUAUGUAUGUAUGCGUGUGUGUGUAUGUAUGUAUGCGUGUGUGUGUAUGUAUGUAUGCGUGUGUAUGUAUGUAUGCGUGUGUGUGUAUGUAUGCGUGUGUGUGUAUGUAUGCGUGUGUGUGUGUGUAUGUAUGUAUGUAUGCGUGUGUGUGUGUAUGUAUGUAUGCGUGUUUGAGAGUGUUUUGUACUGUAAUGAGGAUUAA